CUCCUGGACGGGUGGAGGGCGUGGGGGAGGGGUCUCCAAGGAUUUUUAGGGGAAAGGGGUCAUGUCCCCUCCCAGGGAUGCUAGGGUUUGAGAGAGGGUAAAUGAUUUAGAGAAGAUGGGGCCUGGGUACACUCGAGUCGAACCCACGCUACCUUUGUCUUGGGGUGUGGAGUGUGUUGUGAGACUUAUACAUUGCUUUUUGUUUUGUAGCUGAAUGUGUGGGUAUGUAUAGGAUUUCUUUUAUUCUGCACUACCUAUCUGAGUAUUUGGGUCUCUAAGUGUGUGCACAUGUCUGGUGAAACUGCACCAUUUAUGUUCCGUGUCUCUGGAUAGGGAGCUGUAGGGAUAGGUCUAAAUAUUUGCACGAACAGAGGCAGACCGGACUGUCCCUCUGUUUCCAAGGGGUGUACCUGUGUUUGUGAAUGUAUUUUAAAUUUGGGUUUGUUUUUCCCCGGAGGGUGUGAAUGUGUGUAUGUGUACCUGUAUAAAUCUCUGUGAUGUCUUUGUAUUGUGUGUUUGGCUGAAGUGUCUCUGGAUGAAUAUGUAAGCGCAUAUGUAAAUGAUUCUAGGGUCCCUAUCUUUUGACAACGUGUGACUGUUGGGAUGAGUGUUGUGUGGUGUGUUUCCAUGUUGUGGGGCUUUGUGGAUAAUCUUCCUCUGGACACAUCUGGGGUCUCUGGAUACAUGGCAUUCAUAGCCUUGGCGAGGACUUCUACCGGGAGGCCAUCGAGCACUGCCGCAGCUACAACGCGCGCCUGUGUGCCGAGCGCAGCCUGCGCCUGCCCUUCCUCGACUCUCAGACCGGCGUGGCUCAGAACAACUGCUACAUCUGGAUGGAGAAGACCCACCGCGGGCCUGGUUUGGCCCCAGGACAGAUCUACACUUACCCCGCCCGCUGUUGGAGGAAGAAACGGAGACUCAACAUCCUGGAGGACCCCAGGCUCCGGCCCUGCGAGUACAAGAUCGAUUGUGAGGCACCUCUGAAGAAGGAGGGUGGCCUCCCGGAAGGGCCAGUCCUUGAGGCUCUGCUGUGCGCUGAGACUGGAGAGAAGAAAGUGGAGUUGAAGGAGGAGGAGACCAUUAUGGACUGUCAGCACAUCAGUGCCCCCACCUUCUUGACCCCCCAAUCUCCCUUCUACUGGGCCCAGAAACAGCAGUUGCUGGAGUUUCCGCAUGAUCUCGAGGUAGAAGACUUGGAGGAAGACAUUCCCAGGAGGAAGAACAGGGCCAAAGGAAAGGCGUAUGGCAUUGGAGGUCUCCGGAAACGCCAGGACAACGCAUCCUUGGAGGACCGAGACAAGCCGUACGUCUGUGAUAUCUGUGGGAAGAGGUAUAAGAACCGGCCAGGGCUUAGCUACCACUACACCCACACCCACCUGGCUGAGGAGGAGGGGGAGGAGCACACUGAGCGCCACGCCCUGCCUUUCCACCGGAAAAACAACCAUAAACAGUUUUACAAAGAAUUGGCCUGGGUCCCCGAGGCACAGAGGAAACACACAGCCAAGAAAGCACCAGAUGGCACUGUCAUCCCCAAUGGCUACUGUGACUUUUGCCUGGGGGGCUCCAAGAAGACUGGAUGUCCUGAGGACCUCAUCUCCUGUGCGGACUGCGGGCGAUCAGGACAUCCCUCGUGUUUACAGUUCACGGUGAACAUGACCGCAGCCGUGCGGACCUACCGCUGGCAGUGUAUCGAAUGCAAGUCCUGCAGCCUGUGUGGCACCUCGGAGAAUGACGGUGCCAGCUGGGCGGGUCUCACCCCCCAGGACCAGCUGCUGUUCUGUGACGACUGCGAUCGGGGUUACCACAUGUACUGCCUGAGCCCUCCCAUGGCGGAGCCCCCGGAAGGGAGCUGGAGUUGCCACCUCUGUCUCCGGCACUUGAAAGAAAAGGCCUCCGCUUACAUCACCCUGACUUAGACCUGGCUCUGCUUCUCCAGGACCUUUGGGUGGUGCUAUCCUCGGCCUCUUGGAGCUCCUGACUUUUCCCGCCUGGUGUCCCCAGUGGAAGGGAUAGGGUGAAGCCCAGAGAGGGGCCAAGGCGGUCUCCCUCUGCAAGUGGAAUGUUACCCUGAGGGAGGGUGGGUCCAGCAGGGUCCCUCCUGUCCCCCAUCUUCAUUCCUUGACAAGUGGGCACCAGGCUUCUGCUCCCCUCAAAGCCAUACCCCGCCUCUGGGCGGGCAUAGAGGGGUAGUGGAUGCCAGCCAGUGGCACGGAAAAAGCCUUUUUCUAAAGAAAAAGACAAAACGUGAAAAAAAAAAAAGGAAAAAAAAAAAGAAAUUAAUAUAUACAAAGAUUCCUCUAAGCCUGGCUGGGUGGGGGGCCACUGAGUGUCUGCUGGGACCUGACUUUACCAGUUUCCUGAAUGGCCCCUCCCCACCCCAUUUCUGGAGUUGCAAUUGUCUCAACUCCCAUCUGAGGUGGGUACCACACCUUCCUCACAGCCAGGCCAGGUGGGCAUGGUGCCCACACACUGCCCCCUCCCGGUACCCACCGUGGAUACUGCAUGAUGUGAACCAUGGUUUUGAACUCUUCCUGCCCCUCCUUUGAGAGCCCCGCCCUGCGCCCACCCGGUGCCUGCCAGACCUGGGGCUUGCAGCUGGGGGAGGCCGGUGGGGUGAGGCAGGCAGGCAGGCAGCCAGCCCGCUGCAAUGAGAAGAAGCACAGAUUGCAAUGGACUCAGUUGUUUUUUGUUUUUUGUUUUUGUUUUUGUUUUUUUUUCUUUCUUUCUCCCUUCUCAACCCUUUCCUUCCCUACCCAGCCAGGCUGGGCUGCCUCCUUCCCCCCAUCGCUAGCCAUUUUGGGGGUGGCAAGGAGGUGUGGUCGUUUCUCGUGGUUGUGUGUGUUUGUUGUUCGGGUUUUAAAAAAGGGAAAUUGAGACUGCAAGUGGGGGGAGGUGGAGGGUCUGGGGGAGUCUGCCCCCCAACCCAGGAGUACCCCCCUUGCCACCAAGUCUCCUUUAUUGCCUGCCUCUGCUGUGAAUUAACUUGUUCUGUGUAUUAAACUGGGCCGGACCCCUCUGCCCACAA